GAGCGGGGUCGAGGCGGAGAUGCGGGCGCGGGGCCGGGGGCGCCUGCCCCGGCCGCUGCUGCUGCUGCUGGCGCUCUGCGUGCAGGCGGCGCGGCCCAUGGGCUAUUUCGAGCUGCGGCUGAGCGCGCUGCGGAACGCGAACGGGGAGCUGCUGAACGGCGCCUGCUGUGACGGCGACGGCCGGACGACGCGCGCGGGGGGCUGCGGCCACGACGAGUGCGACACGUACGUUCGCGUGUGCCUUAAGGAGUACCAGGCCAAGGUGACGCCCACGGGGCCCUGCAGCUACGGCCACGGUGCCACGCCCGUGCUGGGAGGCAACUCCUUCUACCUGCCGCCGGCGGGCGCCGCGGGGGACCGGGCGCGGGCCCGGGCUGGCGGCGACCAGGACCCGGGCCUCGUCGUCAUCCCCUUCCAGUUCGCCUGGCCGCGCUCCUUCACCCUCAUCGUGGAGGCCUGGGACUGGGACAACCACACCAGCCCGGACGAGGCGCUGCUGAUCGAGCGGGUGUCGCACACGGGCAUGGUCAACCCCGAGGACCGCUGGAAGAGCCUGCACUUCAGCGGCCACGUGGCCCACCUGGAGCUGCAGAUCCGCGUGCGCUGCGCCAAGAACUACUACAGCCCCGCCUGCAACAAGUUCUGCCGGCCCCGCGACGACUACUUCGGCCACCACACCUGCGACCAGUACGGCAACAAGGCCUGCAUGGACGGCUGGAUGGGCAAGGAGUGCCAGCAAGCCGUGUGCAAGCCGGGCUGCAACCUGCUGCACGGGGGCUGCGCCGUGCCCGGGGAGUGCAGGUGCAGCUACGGCUGGCAGGGCCGCUUCUGUGACGAGUGCGUCCCGUACCCGGGCUGCGUGCACGGCAGCUGCGUGGAGCCCUGGCAGUGCACCUGCGAGACCAACUGGGGCGGCCUGCUCUGCGACAAAGACCUGAACUACUGCGGCAGCCACCACCCCUGCACCAACGGGGGCACCUGCACCAACGCCGAGCCCGACCAGUACCACUGCGUCUGCCCCGCCGGCUACUCGGGCAAGAACUGCGAGCGGGCCGAGCACGCCUGCUCCUCCAACCCGUGUGCCAACGGCGGCUCGUGCCACGAGGUGCCCUCCGGCUUCGAGUGCCACUGCCCGUCCGGCUGGAGUGGCCCCACCUGCGCCCUGGACGUGGACGAGUGCGCCUCCAGCCCGUGCGCGGCGGGCGGCACCUGCGUGGACCGCGUGGACGGCUUCGAGUGCAUCUGCCCCGAGCAGUGGGCAGGGGCCACCUGCCUGCUGGACGCCAAUGAGUGUGAAGGGAAGCCGUGCCUUAACGCUUUCUCUUGCAAAAACCUGAUUGGUGGCUAUUACUGUGAUUGCCGCCCGGGCUGGAAGGGCCUCAACUGCCACAUCAAAGACCGCGACUGUCACGGCCAGUGUCGGCACGGGGGCACCUGCGAGGACCUUGCGAACGGCUACCAGUGCACGUGCCCGAGGGGCUUCGGCGGCCGGCACUGCGAGCUGCCGCUGGACGAGUGUGCCAGCAGCCCCUGCCACGCCGGCGUGUGCGAGGACCUGGUGGGCGGCUUCCGCUGUCACUGCCCCCAGGGCUUCUCCGGGCCCCUCUGCGAGGUGGACAUCGACCUCUGUGAGCCGAGCCCCUGCUGGAACGGCGCCCGCUGCUACAACCUGGAGGGCGACUACUACUGCGCCUGCCCCGAGAACAUGGGCGGCAAGAACUGCUCCGUGCCCAGGGACCCCUGCCCGGGAGGGGCCUGCAGAGUGAUUGACGGCUGCGGGUUGGAGGCUGGACCCCGGGUGGCUGGCGUGGCGGCCCCCGGGGUGUGUGGCCCCCAUGGACGCUGCGUCAGCCUGCCCGGCGGCAACUUCUCCUGCAUCUGUGACAGCGGCUUCACGGGCACCUACUGCCAUGAGAACAUUGACGACUGCCGCGGCCAGCCGUGCCACAACGGGGGCACGUGCAUUGACGAGGUGGACGCCUUCCGCUGCUUCUGCCCCAGCGGCUGGGAGGGAGAGCUCUGUGACACCAAUCCCAACGACUGCCUUCCCGAUCCCUGCCACAGCCGAGGCCGCUGCUAUGACCUGGUCAAUGACUUCUACUGUGCGUGUGAGGACGGCUGGAAGGGCAAGACCUGCCACUCACGUGAGUUCCAGUGCGAUGCCUACACCUGCAGCAACGGUGGCACCUGCUACGACAGUGGCGACACCUUCCGCUGCGCCUGCCCCCCCGGCUGGAAGGGCAGCACCUGCAACACCGCCAAGAACAACAGCUGCCUGCCCAACCCCUGCAUGAACGGGGGCACCUGCGUGGGCAGCGGCGACUCCUUCUCCUGCAUCUGCCGAGAGGGCUGGGAGGGCCGGACCUGCACGCACAAUACCAACGACUGCAACCCUCUGCCUUGCUACAAUGGCGGCGCCUGCGUCGACGGUGUCAACUGGUUCCGCUGCGAGUGUGCGCCAGGCUUUGCGGGCCCCGACUGCCGCAUCAACAUCGACGAGUGCCAGUCCUCCCCCUGCGCGUACGGGGCCACAUGUGUGGACGAGAUCAACGGCUAUCGCUGCAGCUGCCCGCCCGGCCGGGCCGGCCCGCGGUGCCAGGAGGUGGUCGUGUUCGGGAGGCCCUGCUGGUCGCGGGGCGUGCCCUUCCCGCACGGGAGCUCCUGGGUGGAGGACUGUAACAGCUGCCGCUGCCUGGAUGGCCGCCGAGACUGCAGCAAGGUGUGGUGCGGGCGGAAGCCUUGCCUGCUGGUCAGUCGGCCGGACGCCUUGAGUGUGCAGUGCCCCCCGGGGCAGCAGUGCAGGGAGAGGGCCCCGGGGCAGUGCCUGCAGCCGCCCUGCGCAGCCUGGGGGGAGUGCGGCCCCGAGGAGCCCCUGCUGCCCGGCACCCCCUGCCUGCCGGGCUCCGGCCACCUGGACGACAACUGCGCGCGCCUCACGCUGCGCUUCAACCGCGACCAGGUGCCCCAGGGCACCACCGUGGGCGCCAUCUGCUCGGGGAUUCGUGCCCUGCCGGCCACGAGGGCGGUGGCCCGGGACCGCCUGCUCGUGCUGCUCUGUGACCGGCCGUCCUUGGAGGCCAGCGCCGUGGAGGUGGCCAUGUCCUUCAGCCCCGCCUGGGACCUGCCGGACAGCGGCCUGAUCCAGAGCGCCGCCCACGCCAUCGUGGCGGCCAUCACCCAGCGGGGGAACAGCUCGCUCCUGCUGGCCGUCACCGAGGUCAAGGUGGAGACGGUCGUGGUGGGCGGCUCCUCUGCAGGUGUGCUGGUACCCGUGCUCUGCAGCGUGUUCAGCGUGCUGUGCGCGGCCUGCGUGGCCGUCUGCGUGUGGUGGACCCGCAAGCGCAGGAAAGAGCGGGAGCGGAGCCGGCUGCCGCGGGAGGAGGGCGCCAACAACCAGUGGGCCCCGCUGAACCCCAUCCGCAACCCCAUCGAGCGGCCGGGCGGCCGCAAGGACGUGCUGUACCAGUGCAAGAACUUCACGCCGCCACCGCGCCGGGCGGGCGAGGCACUGCCGGGGCCCGCGGGCCGUGGGGGCAGCGGGGAGGACGAGGAGGACGAGGAGCCCGGCCGUGGUGAGGAGGACGCCCUGGAGGCGGGACGCUUCCUCCCGCACGAGCGCACCAAAGAGCCCGGGGGCUCGCCGGGGAGGCCGGCCCGCUGGGCCGCGGGCCCCAAAGUGGACAACCGCGCCGUGAGGAGCGUCAACGAGGCACACCGCGCCGGCCGGGACUAGGGCCGGCCGCCGGCCGGGCCAGCGCCCGGGACCCCUUGCGGGCGCCGCCGGCUGUAGGAGGCUGAGGCCGUGUGCAUAGUUUCUUUAUUUUGUGUAGAAAAACCAAAAAACCAAAAACGAAUGUUUAUUUUCUAUGUUUCUUUAACCUUGUGUAAAUUAUUCGAUAAUUGUCAGGCGGAAGGCAAGGGCGUGUCCUCGGGCAGUCGCUAUUUUUGUAUCGUUUCUGUGUGUGGCGCCUGCCGCGUGGCCGGAGAGGCGUUGCCGUGUCCCCACGAAACUGCCUGAGCCCAGAGGUGGUGCCCUGUUUACAGAAUCUUCCCUUUUAUUCCUCACUUGGGGUUCUCAGUGGCUCCAGGCCAAAGAGCUGGUAGGACCCGCGGCCCCCGGUGUCGAUGGGACCCGUGGCUGGCAGUGUGGCCCGUGGCUGUUGAUGGGACCACCCGAGGCUGUUGUGGGACCGCCCGUGGCUGCCGGUGGCACCUGUGCUGGCCGGCGGGGCCCGCGGUGGCUGGCGUGGCCCGGGGCCGUGGGCAGCGCCCCCCCCCCCCGCCGGCCUCGCCCGCUGCUGCCCGAACACGAUGUCCGUCAGCUGUGCUUUCUGAAGUGCCCUUCCCGCCUGCUCUGUCCCCGGGACGGUGGCAGCGCUGAAGCCCGAGACAAGUGCCUUCACUCAGACUCGCCCUCGCACCUGACGACACCGCCGCGGGCACCAGGCCCCUGCCCACCUGCUGGCCCCGGCCCCCUCGUGAAAGUGCAUUUUUGUAAAUAUGUACAUAUUAAAUGAAUCACUCUGUAUAUUUGAUUUAAUAACUUAAACGU